GUUCUUGUGUGUCGAAAAUGAAACCGCGGUCUGAAUCUGCGGACCCGAGAGGCGGAGGGAACAAUUCUUCCUCCUUAUCAGAAGGAAAAAUCCCCCCUCCCCAUAUCGAGACGAAGUUUCUGAUGCUGGAUUUGUUUACACAAAUCAUAUUUGUCUUGCUGGCAAGGACUGCAGGCCCAUAUCAAGCCUGAGUAGACUGGUUUUGGCCUAGGCGCUUUGCAUGAUAGACGUCUACUCUGUAAGUCAAACAGCACGACAGACCGCCUGUAGAAUGCGGCGGAGCAUGUGGAGUUGCCUUCAUGCAACACAAAGACGAUUUGUGGUCACAAAUCAGCGAGCACAAAUUUUCGAAAACGUGCCUUGUCAAUAUGGGAAGGGGGGAUUUUUCCUUUUGAUACUCCUCCUCCUCCUCUGCAAAAGCGUUGCCGGAUGACAUCCUCACCGAGUAUUUUCAGAAGAAGCGCGCGACAGUGGAUCUUACCACGAUGACGAAGAUUCACGCGACUAAUUUCGCGAGCCCCAAGAAAAUUCCGGGCACUGGACAUAUCAAGGGUGGACACCACGCGAACGGCAGUAACAACGGAGGUGGUGUCCACGGCUUCAACGGGGGCCAGAAGCAAACCGUGCUGCUAUUGAAAGGAAAAAUCCCCCCUCCCCAUAUCAAAAGGAAGUUUCUGAUGCUGGAUUUGCGUAUACAAAUCAGUUUUGUCUAUCUUGCAGUAGAGGACUGCAGGCUCCUGCCAAGCCUGAGUAGAGAGCUUUUGGCCUAGGCGCUUAGCAUGAGAAACGACUAUGCUGUAGGUCCAACACCAUCACAAACCGCCUGCAUAAUGCGGCAGAGCCUGUGGAGUUGUCUUCUUGCAAGACAGACGUGAUUUGUGGUCUCAAAUCAGCAAGGUCGACAUGGCGAUUGUUUGGGGAGGUUCCUAACGGUCCCCUCAGGGCAUUGCCUCGUCGCUGACCUGUGGAGAAAGGCGGUUCAGGUCAGCUUCGGGAAGGGUAUCCGGAGUUGAGUUAGCUUCGGCUUUCUCUUGUGUAUUCGAGGGCAGUGGUUGGCGGAGGUUGUUGGGAUGUUCCUAAACGGUCAUCCCAGAACAUUUGUGUUCCUUUCUGACUUCCUCAUUUCCUGUGCAGUAUUUUACUGCAUAUACAGGCGCCACCCUCGUUUAUCACCUCCAGGGCUACGUGCGACCCCUCCGACGCUGCGUGUGGAAGGAGGAAGUUCGGCGUGUUGGGGGUGAGGGACCCCCAACGAGGCCUACGGAUAUCAAGGGGAACUAAGGCUCAAAUCAGCAAGGCAAAUUUUCGGAAACAUGCCUUUUCGAUAUGGGGAGGGAGAAUUUUUCCUCUCAAUAGCUGCUCGAUGAGAAGCGGAUCCGCAUGCUGGAAAUUCUUCUGCAAAGACAGAAGAUGACGACCGGUUUGUCGGGGAAAGACAGCAUCCGCGCGAU